GCUUCAUUUCCUCUGUGGCGUGUGCUACUGCUGUGCUCACUGACUUCUCUGAUCUCAGAGCAAGUGUAUAAGCCUUGUUCCAACAAACAUCGAGGGUUUCGGGUAAAAUGCCCUCCUUCACAGCAGGUGAAUCUGCCUUUCAACCCAAGAGAGCUUCCAGGAUUCAGCAUCUUCAGUAGCUGUUGCUGAUGAAAGUAAGGUCAGUUACACUAUUAAGUAUGGGCUGGUUUCUUUUGACUUAGAUUGAAGGAGCACUAAAUGAGGAACAAUGAGUGGCUCGACUGUUAGUAAUCUGGGUGUGGGCGGGUGAAGAACAUCCAACUGCUUCAGCCCUGAUACAACACAACCAGACACUCGGCGAUUGAAGUUGAAGAGUUUUGAAACCGACGUGAAAAAGACUGAAAUUUUUAAAAGAUCGACCCUGGGAUGGAAAACAAAACGAACAUUGAAAAGAAUGAUGAGCUCCCCAUUGUCAUGAGAGAAGAAAACAAGAGGCGGAGGAGGAACAUGAGAGCCAACACCACCAGGGGCAUGCAGUAUUACUCGCUGGAGCAGCUAAGCAUUGAGAUCAUCCUGCCCACUCGCAACAAACGUACUGCCAUGCACGAGAAGAUCUCGUUGGACAUUGCUGGCAACUACACGGUGGAGCAGCUGAAGACCAAGAUUUGGGUCAAAGCCAACGGAACAAGCGGAUCUCCCGAGUACUACCAGAAGUUCAGCCCGGAUCAGUUCAUCUUGCUGUACCAAAAGAAAGGGCAGUGGUACGAGAUCUAUGACAAGCAGCAGGUGAUCCAGACCCUGGACUGCAUCAAUUACUGGAAGGUGCUGCAAAAGUCCGUGGGCAAGAUCCACGUGGUGCAGAAAGCCAGGAGCAGCGAUCAGUCGCUUCAACUGCAGUGGGACCUCAAUAACCUGGUUGGCUAUGACGUCACUGAUGUGAGCAACGUCCAUGAUGACGAGCUGGAGUUCACCCGCAGGACGCUGAUCACCCCGCGUUUGACCGAGGUGGCCACCAGAGAUGUUAGGCUGUACUCCAUGGACCCCUGGAUCCUCUCCAAGCCCCUGCCCGAGUACCUGUUGAAUAAAAUAAGUGGCAACAAUAUCUUUAUGAUCAUUCACCGAGGAGCAGUCAGCCUGACUAUAAAGGUAUCCAUUGAUGAGACACCUGAGAGCAUCCUGAGGAACUUCUUCAAGAAGAUGGCAAAGAAGAUGAGCCUCCUGGACAUGAAUGAGAGUCACAGUGAGGAACACUUUGUGCUCAGGGUCUGCGGCCGGGACGAGUACAUAGUGGGCGAUAACCCGAUCAAGGACUUCUUUUGGAUCCGAAACUGUCUGAAAAACGGAGAGGAGAUUCACUUGGUUCUCGACUUGCCCCCAGACCCGGUCCUGGAUGAAGUUCAGAAGGAAGAGUGGCCUCUGGUGGACGAUUGCACAGGCGUUACCGGGUCUCACGAGCAACUGACCUUAGAAGGAAAGGACCAUGAGAAAGUCUUCACCAUAUCCCUGUGGGACUGCAGCCAAACAUUCCGAGUCAAGAUUGUAGGGAUAGACAUCCCUGUCCUGCCGAGGAACACAGAUGUGACCGUCUUCGUGCAGGCCAGCAUACUGCACGGGCAGCAGAUCCUAGCGCAGCAGAGGACACCAGCCAAGGCCUUCACAGAAGAGGUCAUGUGGAAUAUGUGGCUGGAGUUUGAUAUUAAGGUGAAGGAUCUCCCCAAAGGAGCACGGUUGAACCUUCAGGUUUACUGCGGUAAAGCACAAGCGCUGGGCAGCAAAGCACUAGAGGACCUGUGGGAUUCCAGGAGCAAGAACAAUAUGCUCUACUAUGUCAAUCUGUUGGUGAUUGACCAUCGAUCGCUCCUUCGCCAAGGGGAAUAUCUGCUCCACAUGUGGAAGAUUCCCAAUAAGGGUGAAGAACAGGGCACUAUUGAAGCUGACAAACUCACAUCAGCCACCAACCCCGACAAACAGACGUCCAUGGCUAUCUGCAUCCUCUUGGACAGGUACAACUACCCGAUUGCUCUUCCCAGGAGCCGUCAGACAGACCCCGAGGCUGAGAGGUCGGGGCCGGAGAUGCACAGUCAGCUCCGCAAGCAAUUUGAGGAGAUCGUCAGCACCGAUCCGCUGAACCCGCUCAGCGCUGAGGACAAGGAAUUACUCUGGCACUUCAGGCACGAAUGUGUCAAGCAGCCGAAAGCCUACCCCAAGUUCCUCAGCUCGGUCAAGUGGGGCCAGCAGGACGUGGUGCUCAAGACCCACCAGCUGCUGCAGAAGCAGACGGCCUGGGCCAGCAGCCCCCUAGACGUGGGGCUGGCACUGCAGCUGCUCGACUGUCGCUUCUCAGACGAGCAGGUCAGGACCAUGGCCGUCCAGAAGCUCGAGACUUUUGGCAAUGAUGACGUCCUGCGCUUCCUCCUGCAGCUGGUCCAGGCGGUGAAGUUUGAGCCUUACCACGACAGCGCCCUGGCUCGAUUCCUACUCAAGCGGGCACUGGGAAGCAAACGCAUCGGCCAUUUCCUCUUCUGGUUCUUGAGAAGCGAAGUGUCGGAGUCGAUGCACUACCGGCAGCGCUACGCGGUCAUGCUGGAGUGUUACCUGCGAGGCUGCGGCCAGGCCAUGCUGAUGGACUUCAUGAAGCAGGUGAAGGUGAUCAAGGAGCUGCAGAAACUAACGAAGGAGAUAAAGAACGUGACCGCCGACAAGUACGAUAUCUCAUCUCAAGCAAUCUCCCAGCUCCGACACCGACUGGAGAAGCUACAAUCCUCUGGGUUUCCCGAAUGUUUCCGGGUUCCAUACGAUCCUGGUCUGCGGGCUGGAGCCCUGGUGGUGGAUAAAUGCAAAGUCAUGGCGUCCAAGAAAAAGCCCCUGUGGCUGGAGUUUAAGUGUGCGGACCCCACCUCCGUGUCCAAGGAUACCAUUGGGAUCAUCUUUAAGCAGGGCGACGAUCUCCGCCAGGACAUGCUCAUUAUCCAGAUUCUGCUGAUUAUGGAUUCGAUCUGGGAGAUGGAAUCCCUGGACCUGUGUUUACUGCCGUACGGCUGCAUCGCAACAGGCAACAAAAUAGGAAUAAUCCAGAUUGUCAAAGACGCCACGACUAUUGCCAAGAUCCAGCAAAGCACAGUCGGCAACACCGGGGCGUUUAAGGACGAGGUUCUGAACCACUGGCUGAAAGAGAAGUGUGUGAUUGAGGAGAAGUUCCAAUCAGCUGUGGAAAAGUUUGUCUUUUCGUGCGCUGGGUACUGUGUCGCUACGUACGUCUUGGGGAUUGGAGAUCGACACAAUGACAACAUCAUGAUCACGGAGUCAGGGAAUCUUUUCCAUAUCGAUUUUGGCCACAUCCUCGGAAACUAUAAGAGUUUCCUUGGGAUAAGUAAAGAGCGAGUCCCCUUCGUCCUGACUCCGGACUUUCUCUUUGUGAUGGGCACGUACGGUAAAAAGACCAGUCCUCACUUUCAAAAGUUUCAGGAGAUCUGUUUGAAGGCCUAUCGUACCUUGCGUCACCACGCUAACCUGCUGAUCAUACUCUUCUCCAUGAUGCUGAUGACGGGAAUGCCACAAUUGACGAGCAAGGAAGAUAUCGAGUACAUCCGCGAGACCCUGACCGUCGGCAAGAACGAAGAGGAGGCCAGGACCCACUUCCUGGAACAGAUUGAGAUCUGCCGGGAUAAGGGAUGGACCGUGCAGUUCAACUGGUUCCUGCACCUUGUGUUGGGCAUCAAACAGGGUGUUGAAAAGCACUCGGCAUAGCUCCUGCAACUGGGGAUGAGGGGGCGGAGUGGGGUAGGUGGGGGAUGAAGGGUGGGAAAGCUCGGCAGACCUUUGAGCAGACCUGACAUCUCCUGUGGAGUCCUGUAGCCCAGCGGUUUGAGCACCCUCCUCG